AUGAGAAUAGAAGAGUUGCAAAGUAGUCUAGAUGCGCAAGAGUUGCGUCUGACUGAAAGAACUUCUGAGAGGGAAGUUGAGCAGGCUCUGAAGGCUUCUUUUGUCAAGAAGGACCAGAAGCUGAAAAAACAUGGUAGGUCGCAAAAGUCAGAAGUCUUCUAUUCUGAUGAGGAGAAACAUCAGAAGGGAAAGGAGAAGUAUGACAAGAGAAUGGUUCAGUGUUACUGUUGUAAUAGGUUUGGCCACUUUGCUAAAGAUUGUUGGUCAAACAAAGAAGAAGCAAAAAUAGCCAGAGGAGAUUCUGAUGAUGAACAUGUGCUAUUAAUGGCUUAUGAAUCUGAUGAGGAACAUGUGAAAUCAGAAGAUAACUUUGAAGAUUCUGGAGAAGAGUCAGAAUCUGAGAUUUCUGAAGAUAAGUCAGAGUUAGAAGAUGACUCUGAAGUUAAAGACAAGUCAGAAUCCGAAGGUGAUUCUGAGUCUGAAGGAGAAUCAGAAGAUGAGUCAGAAUCUGAAGAAGAUUUUGCUUCUGAAGAUAAGUUAGAACUUGAAAGUUCUGAAGGCGAGUCAAACUCUGAAGGUGGAACUUCUGAAGGCAUAGCUUCUGAAGGUAGUCCAGCUUCUGACGGUGGUCAUAAUUCUGAAAGAAAAGAUUAUGAAGUUGGAACUUCUGAAGGCAGAGCUUCUAAAGGCGAUCCAACUUCUAAAGGUUGUGGUUUUGAACAAGACCCAGAAGUUAACAAAGGUGGAACUUUUGGUGGUAGUCAAACUUCCGAAGAAAAUCCAGAAGGAGAUAUGGUUCCAGAAUUAGAAGGAGAUUCUGAACUAUUGGGUAUUGAAGAAGCACUCGAGAAGAAAGGUUGGUUGAAUGUCAUACAAGAAGAACUUGAGGCUUUAGAAGGAAACAAGACUUGGAAGUUAACUAAGGUUCCAAAGGAGAAGAAAACCAUCAGCGUCAGAUGGAUUUUCAAGGAGAAAUCUGCAUUUCUAAAUGGAGUAUCAGAAGUUGCACACUGUAGCAACUAG